UGUGUGUGAGCGGGAGUGGGGACCGUUUGUCGCCUCCUCGUCACUCCGAACUGGUUCGUUUCCACAACUUUCUGUUGGAAUCCUCGCAUUGAACACACGCGCGCACGCGCUUUCUCGGUGCGGACGCGCUUGCUCAGUGCUCACGCCGACACCAGCACCGCUUUGACGAAAGGACACUAGGACUUCUGUUGAUACAGACAGGUGCCUUUAAAACCUUUGAGAGAAGCACCACUGCGCUGACAAUGGACACUAUGGGGGUGUUACAUCAUGUGUUUGCAGAGAUGUUUACGGCACCAAGUUUGGGACAACAUGACUCUGAUUUUGAUGAACGUGUGAGGCUUUAAAGAGAACACAGAAAAAAAUGAGGAGUCCCAUAUUGCAAUGAUAUGAUACUGGCUUUGUGUUCUUUUCGUAGCAAAGCGUUACACUGUUACGAACCAUCAUAUCUCUGAAUAUGAGCUUUCCUUUUUUGACGUAGCACAGAAAAGUAACGACUCAGACUGAUGGAGACUCUGUGUUAUAGCCCAGUAUCUGGAGGAUGCCAUGGGUCGACAUACGCGCUCUCAUGUCUGACAUGCCCCUGUCUUCUCUACCUCUCUUCGGUUAAGACGAUAUACAUUCUGCAUUUCGUUUAAUUUUUUACUUGGGCGGCAAGAUUAGAAAAUGGUGAAAUGAUAAAGGCUACUAACAGCCGGGUAACUGUUAACUAAACUAGCUCAAACUCCCCCCUCCUCCCCUUCCCUCUCCUCCCUAACCUGGUGUGUGGAAGGAGACUACCACGAGCCGGUUACCUACUAUGUGGUUGUGUACUUGGCUCCGCCGCUGUGUGUGUAGGAAACUCUUCAGCCUCAUCCUAAUCACAUAUAUAGCCAUGAUUUUCCUACUGCUAGGUCACAUUGGCCUUGACCCAGAAAAAAAGCAGCAGCAACAGAGGAAGCCCGAGCAGACGGCGGACAGCGCCACCUCUUGGCAACAAGGUCUCGGGCACUUUCAGUCGCUAACGGAGCACAGGCCUAAUCCACGAGCAUUCUCAGAGUCGGUCAGAAGAGGGGGAACGAACUCAGGUUUCAACUCGGCCCUUAUUGUGCCUUCGGAAGUGAGUGAGGGGUCCAGGGGUCACGAUGAGAUCGUCUACGGGGAUUCCCUGAAGUACGAGGCGUUCAAAGGUCAAGGUGAGAUCGUGUACGAGGAUUCCCUGAAGUACAAGGGGAUCAAAAGUCAAGGUGAAAUUGUCUACGGUGAUUCUUUGAAGAACAUCAUGGAUCACGAAGCGGCCGGGUACAUUUUUCUUCAAAGAGAAAAGAAGAAACUAAUGUCUUUCCUCCAACCAGCACCGAUACCCGAGCCAAUGGUCAAUAUUGAGCUCUCAAAAUCAGACCCCGGGGACUUUAUAGAGAUUGGCAGAGAGUCGUAUGUUUACUCGGCGUACUUAGAUGACCGCAAAGAGCAGACGUACAUACGGAUUAUGACCUUGAUGUCGAAAAGCGUCUCCUCUCUCUUCAUCUUCUGCCAUUUUCAGGACGUCUUGGUGAAGUCACCGAGAGUGACAGAACGCUAUGAGAUGUGUGAGAAUCAUAACAAAAAGUACGGUGGCUUUAUUUUUUCCUGCAGGGUCCCGGAUUUCUUGGAUUUCUCAAACAAAACGAAUAUCGUCAUCUCGCUGACCAAAUACGGUCCGCAGUUAAAAAUACCACUAUUUGGAAUAAGACCACCAAAGCACAAAUUAAAAUAUCUUGACCUACAGGCCACUAGUAUUCCCCCAUCCACGUAUUCCUUUCGUUCCAAACAAGCUGUGCCUUCAAACAAAAACAUUAAAACUCUCCAUGUAAAUAAUAGCGCAAUGCCUUCUUCUCAGAAAAACUUCUGGAACAUUCCAUUGUCUUUCGCCAUUUGUGUUCCGCCUUUGUUCGGAGACAUCUCCGUUUACAGAUUCAUCGAGUUCAUGGAGCUAUCUCGUCUGCUGGGAGCGGACCACGUAUUCUUUUACAACUACAGCAUCCCUCCAGACUUAUCGGACGCUCUAGUGUACUACACGCGAAAAAACAUGGCGACUGUUCUGCCGUGGAAACUUCCGGCUGACGUCACGUCCGGGAAGGUGUGGUAUCAAGGGCAGUUACUGGCGCAUAAUGACUGCUUAUACAGAGCCAUUCCACGGUAUGAUCUCGUCUCUUUUAAUGACCUUGACGAGUUCAUCGUUCCGCACACUAAUAGCACGACGUGGCAGGAGGUAUUUGGACCUCUGCUCACGGACAAUAUGUGCGGGUAUUCAUUCCAGAGCGCCUUCUACGAGCCUGGUGUGAGCGGUGUAGGGGAUGAGAAGCUCAUGACUCCCGUACUGACUGCCCGGACCUCGCUCUUCAGCAAGGUAUUAUGAUGAAAAGAUUUGUUU